AGGACGUUUCUGGUUGGCAGGUUGUUCUACUAUUGAAGGAGGAGAUCAGAUCGUAAUUAUUAAUUACUUCCUUCUUCCUCGUGCAACCCAGACGCUGACGGAAGUAGUAAUAACUAGAAGGCUAACAAAAAAUAGCCUUAACACGCCCGCCAGGACACAGUUGAAACGCUCGAAAAUUCUCAGAAUGGCUCUUGACGGCGAGGAUUCCGUGGAUGGCAAGACGGAUACCUUUUUACUGAGAGCCAUCAAAAUCGCUUUUGUGGUGGCCCUUUAUUGGUUCGUUUCAAUAACCAUGGUUUUCCUGAACAAUGCUCUGUUGGGUAGCCAUGAACUGGACGCCCCUUUAUUUGUGACAUUCUUCCAGUGCCUUAUUACCGUAGCGCUUUGCUGGUGCAUGAACUUACUGUCAAGGUUUUGUCCGGGUUCCGUGGAUUUCCCCUCAAUCAAGUUCGACCCAAAGGUCUCGAGAGAAGUCUUGCCUUUGUCGAUCGUGUUCAUCGGAAUGAUCACCUUCAAUAACUUGUGCCUCAGAAACCUGGGUGUUGCAUUCUACACAGUUGGGAGAUCGCUCAGUACGGUCUUUAAUGUGCUCAUGUCCUAUGUGAUUCUGAAGCAAACCACGUCUUUUUAUGCUCUCUUGUGCUGUGGAGUCAUUAUAGGUGGCUUCUGGCUUGGCGUGGACCAGGAGGGGGCGGAAGGUUCUCUUUCCUGGUUUGGAAUUGCCUAUGGGGUGCUGGCCAGCAUGUGUGUUUCCCUCAACGCCAUCUAUACUAAAAAGGUCUUGCCUGUGGUGGACAACAGCGUCUGGAAGCUCUCUUACUACAACAACAUCAAUGCCUGCAUCCUGUUCAUCCCACUGAUUGUUGUCUUUGGGGAGGUGAACAAAAUCUACCAUUUUAAUGGACUGAAUGACUGGCAUUACUGGGGCAUGAUGAUGCUCGGUGGCAUCUUCGGGUUUGCCAUUGGCUAUGUCACUGGCCUUCAGAUCCAGUUCACCAGCCCCCUGACACACAAUGUGUCUGGUACUGCCAAAGCCUGUGCACAGACCGUCCUGGCUGUGGUGUAUUCUGGUAGCAUUAAGAGCUUUUUGUGGUGGACAAGUAAUGCAAUGGUUUUGGGGGGCUCCUCUGCCUACACCUGGGUUAAAGGCCUUGAAAUGAAGAAGACUCAGGAGGAACCGCAGAUCAAGAGUAGAGAUGGUGUAUAGGGAGUCUCUCUGAUGUGUCAAUAAGAUGAAUGAAUGUAAAGACUGCUCUUCGGCUAUUUAAGAGAGCUGGCCUCCAACUUUCAAUGGGAUAUAAGUACAGAGGUGUUAAUAAUACUAUUUUAUAGAAUAGUAGGUCCUUUUUCAACUGUUCAUUUUGAUAUGAUGCACUUAAGUCUUUCCUGCCAAAAUGUAAUCAUGAUGUCACAUAGGCUAAAGUAAUUUUGUAUUUAUAUUGGGUUGUAAUGUUUGGAAGUAGAUUUUAUGUUUGAAUAAGUACACAUUUUUUAUAUCUACAAAAUAGUUUUUAUUUUAAUCUUUUGAAUGAUAAGCAUGCACAUCUAUUUUCUGGAUGAAAUUUUUGUAAUCAAGGUCAACUUGCCAACUGAAGGAUUGAUUUAUAUUAAAUUUGUGGAAAUUUGA